AUGGUGGCCGUGGGACCACCGGACGCUCCCUGGCCCAUACCAACGGAGGCACCCGAACCCAAACUGAAAGUGGCUGAAGAUCAGACGGCGGGUGGGGGACCGCCGGACGCUAACUGGCCCAUAGCAACGGAGGCGCCUGAACCCAAACUGAAAGUGGCUGGGGGACCGCAGGACGCUCACUGGUCCAUACCAACGGAGGCGCCCGAAUGCAAACUGAAAGUGGCUGGAGAUCGGACGGCGGCCGGGGGAACGCCGGACGCUCACUGGCCCAUACCAACGGAGGCGCCCGAACCCAAACUGAAAGUGGCUGGAGAUCAGACGGCGGGCGGGGGACCACCGGACGCUCACUGGCCAAUGGAGGCGCCCGAACCCAAACUGAAAGUGGCUGGAGAUCGGACGGGGGCCGGGGGAACGCCGGACGAUCACUGGCCCAUACCAACGGAGGCGCCUGAACCCAAACUGAAAGUGGCUGGAGAUCAGACGGCGCCCGAACCCAAACUGGCUGGAGGACGAACGGCAGCCGGGCGACUGCCGGACGCCCAUUGGCAAAUACCAACGGAGGCGUCCGAACCCAAACUAGCUGGAGGAUGGACGGUUGCUGUGGGACCGCCGGACGCUCACUGGCCCAUACCAAUGGAGGCGCCCGAACCCAAACUGGCUGGAGGAUGGACGGCGGGCGUGGUACCGCUUUACGCUCACUGGCCCAUAAUAACGGAGUUGCCCGAACCCAAACUGGCUGGAGGAUGGACGGCGGCCUUGGGACUGCUGGAAGCUCACUGGCCCAUACCGAAGGAGGCGCCCGAACCCAAACUGGCUGGAGGUCGGAUGGCGUACGGGGGACCACCGGACGCUCACUGGCCCAUACCAAUGGAGGAGCCCGAACCCAAACUGGCUGGAGGACGGACAGCGGCUGGGGGACCGCCGGACGCUCACUGGAAUCUCACUGUCCCAUAA